UGCAUCGCCGUGUUGCGUUAGAUAGUUAGAGCACGUGAAGUGCAAACCAGACACUCAGUGAAAGAUAGUUGGUCAACUUUCCCGAAAUGGCAUCCUCUGAUGUUAUCAAGCAAGGCCAAAAUGUGAUUCUGAAAAAAGGGAAAAGUUUGAGAUUGUAUCAGGUUUGGAGGAAAAGAAAGGUGCAUUUGGAUAAGAAGCAUUUCUACCUGGAUGAAGCAAUUGGCAAGCCAUAUGGGACAACUUGGGAUGUAUGUGGCCACAAUGUUCAGCUGGUAUCCCAGGAUGACGAAGAAGAAGAGACCAGGGAGGGUGGAACUGACAACCGGACCCUGAUUGAUGAUAAAUGCUCACAGAAACUCAGCUAUGAAGACAUACAAGCUCUCAAGAAUACAGGCAAACAUGGAGAGGCAAUUGUUGAACAGCUUGUGGAAAACAGUUCCAGCUUCAAAGAGAAGACAAUUUACUCUCAAGCCAAGUAUGUCAAGAGGAAAAGAGACAAGCAUCUCAUGAGAUUUCAGAUUUUCCGGCCAAACACCAUGCUGUUGUGUGAAAUGUACUCAUCAAGAGCACCGUCCAAAAACAUUCAUCUGCGCAUCGACACCCUUGCCCAGAUCUUGACCGCUGCCAACAUCCAGAGCGGAAUCAAUGUGAUAAUGAUGGAGACAUGUCAGGGGCUUCUGCUGGGAGCAGUCAUGGAGAGAAUGGCAGGUAAAGGCACGAUUGUUCAGAUCCAUUCAGAGCAUGUACCAGUGCGGUUAGCUGUCGAAGCGUACAAUUUCCCUCCAGAUUACAAAGAUACACUGUAUGGAUUCCCACUGGACCAAAUAAGCCUUCUUGAUAUCCAAGAACCAGUUGACAGUAACUGUCCACAACGGAAUACCUGUGAUGAAGAGAGCCACAGACCUCAGGCUCCCAAGAAUGAGGAACAUUGUGAUCACAGUGCAGAGAGCUCGGGGGCAUUAGGGACUGCAAAGGAGAGUAUAACCAGUAGAGCAAGCCAAAGGGACGAGGGUCAUAAGCCUCAGGAGAGAGAAGAGGAACGGUCAAGCAGUGAGGAGGACGACAGCUCCAAUGUGGGAGACUGCGGUGCUGCUCCCGAUGAUCCAGUUGCCGUAGAAACAGACUGUAAAUCAGGAGAGACAGCCACUCAAGGACAGAAGAGAAAAUUUCCAGUGAAUCCUGAGAAGGAAGCUAGGAAGCAAAGAAGAAGAGAAAACUUGAAUAGAGUCCGAGAUCUCCUCCAUAACACAAAGAUGGACGCGUUGGUGAUGGCAUGUAGAUUUCAACCUCUACCAAUUUUCACAGCACUGUUCAAAUUCUUGGCACCAUCCCGGCCAUUUGUAAUCUACUGUCAUUACAUAGAGCCCCUGAUGGAAUGCAGUGAAUGGCUGAGAAACUCCAAUGACGCCGUCAACAUCAGGGUGACAGAAACGUGGCUAAGGGAGUAUCAGGUUCUUCCCGAGCGGACCCAUCCCAGUGUCAACAUGAGCGGCACUGGUGGCUAUUUACUGACGGGUACAACAGUAUCUAAUUCAACCUAAACCCAGAGACUGCACCCAUCUUCUCAAGUGGAUGCUGAAACUAGGCAUCAACUACUAUUAAAGUGAAUGGAAUUUCAUCUGGUUCAUGUAGAUUAUUGUAGUUUAUCAAUAUAUUUAAUAUCCAGAUUUUUCUACAGACCAGUUCAGAAAUUCUAUCCAAGUUCCUCCUACGAAGUGAAACAGACUUUCAGUGGAAUAAAUGUACCUUAUGUAUCGAACACCAGUGAUAGCCCAUCUGGUAAAGGCGUCUCAUAUGCUGCAGGUUAUAAGCACCUACACUAUAAGUUCUGGUGCCACAGGGAAAGUACCUACUGCCAUGUAUUAAUUUGUAACUUCUCAUUUUAUUGUAAGUUAUCCAUGUACAUGUAUAAUUUAUUGUGAGCAGACUGACUCGCAUAUUUUUAAAACUUCACAACAUUUAACAAAAGUCCUUUGGUG